GACGAUGACGUGCGAAAGGGGAUGGAUAUGACGAUCGUUUACCAACAAGGACUUAUUGGGAGAUUAUAUCAUAACAUGACUUUUCUUCUGUUUAGCUGGAAAACGGGAAUCAGCGGGAUUCCGGAAUGAAGAACAGUAUAAUAAAGACGCUAGGUUCUGAUCGUGGCAAAAAAGGCAGAGUACCAUUCACUCGUGCUGGAUUUCAAUUUCUGACAGGUUGCCCUGGGCGCAUUGGUGUUAGAGCACCCAUCUACCUGGCAGCUGUUAUGGAGUAUUUGGUAUCUGCAAAGGAAAUGAUACUCUCCACGGCAGAAAACUACCUUAUCAUCUCCUUGCAGAAAAUGACCUUUGCAUGUAUCCGGAACCAAGCAACAAGGCCAGGCUCAAUUCAGAUAGAAAUGGAUUAGGUGACUCAGAGUUAAGACUGAAUGAUAACACUAAUUAAAGCUGAGACACAUGAUGAAUGGACAUUGAAUAAGGACUAUAUUCUCACAAUGUAGUAAAACGAGUAACGUGAAGUGUGAUUUAUUUUAUUAUAUGACUUUCUUAUUAAUACGAUUUGAAAAUAUGUGCUAUUUUCGGAAUAGGUUAGGUGUGCUGAGUAGUAUUCAAACAAAAAGGAACCUGAUAAACCUACAGAAACGUACCAGUAUCGAUGCGCAACCACUUUUUGCGAUAAUUUCUUUUUGGUUUUCUUCAGAAGAUAUUGCACCGCGCGCUGUUAUCAUUUGUGCAGUUGUUCUUUUUUUUUUCGAAGUGAAUUUGAUGAAACGAAAUUGCGUUGUAUCACUUUCUACAUGCAUUUGGCUUAUAAUGCAACACAAGAGAGUACAAUUUUAGUUUUGCCAAACUAACCAGCCUCCAGAAGAUGUCGAACAAUCGUCGGAACGAGAUGGAACAUUAAUACGCUCACGUCAUUUCUAUUUUAUAUAUUAAAACACAUAUAAAACAGCAUCAAAUAUAAUCGUUUUCAUCUAGAACUUUUUUUCUUCAUGUUGGUAUUCCAUUAAAAACAAAAAUAAAUUACGUUCAAUGCUACAGAAUAUUUUCGUAGAUGUUUGGUUGUGUCAAAACUGUGUGCCAGAUUAGUCCCUAUAGAUCUAAACUGUACGAGUUUGAAUUUUAGGUUGUGAGAUAAACAAGAUGGGGCAUACUCAUAUCCUAUGCUGGUUUUGGUGCUAGAAGUUACGCCAGGAUACUUCUAGUCAAACUAAUCAAUCUUAGGGAAAAGAUGA